CAAACAUUUUUCUUGCCUUGCCAUAAUUCACCUUAUUGACAUAUUUCCACUGAGCUUACCGGUUCCUGGUCGUCGCUGAUGGUUGCCAUUGGCAAGGUAGCAGGGCUUGACCAUGUCAUCUCCGGGAGUGCAGUUAGAUGUCCAAGAUAAAUAUGUGGUGAUGGAUAAUGGCAUACUUCAGGUGACAAUAUCAAACCCGGGUGGGAUUGUCACCGGUUUGCAAUAUAAUGGUAUUGACAACUUGCUUGCUGUUGAAAACGAUGAAACUGAUAGAGGGUAUUGGGACCUUGUCUGGAAUCUAGCAGGAAGUAAAGGAACAAAGGGCAAAUUUGACAGGAUUGAGGCAACUAGUUUUAAGGUAAUAGUGGAAAAUGAGGAGCAGGUGGAGCUCUCAUUUACUAGAAUGUGGGAUUCUUCCCAAGAAGGCAGAGUCGUUCCUCUGAACAUUGACAAGAGGUUUGUAAUGCUUCGUAAUUCCUCAGGAUUCUAUACCUAUGCAAUUUACGAGCACUUGGAGGAAUGGCCUGCUUUCAUCCUUGACAGGUUCAGGGUCGCAUUCAAGCUCAGGAAAGACAAGUUUCAUUACAUGGCUAUGGCUGACAACAGGCAAAGAUGCAUGCCCCUGCCUGAUGACCGGUUACCAUACAGAAGCCAAACCCUGGCCUAUCCCGAGGCAGUCCUACUCGUUGACCCACUGGAACCAGAGUUUAGAGGAGAGGUGGAUGACAAGUACCAAUACUCAUGUGAGAACAAGGACAACAGGGUCCAUGGUUGGAUUUGCACUGAACCCCCCGUCCCCGUGGGGUUCUGGCAAAUUACACCCAGCGAUGAGUUUCGAUCUGCUGGCCCCCUCAAGCAAAACCUAACCUCACAUGUCGGCCCCACCGCCCUUGCUGUUAUGCACAGCGUUCAUUAUUCAGGAGAGGAUUUGUUAUUGAAAUUUGGAACUAAUGAGCCCUGGAAGAAAGUUUUUGGCCCCAUUUUUAUUUACCUUAAUUCUUUGUCGAAUGGAGGUGACCCACUUUCACUUUGGGAGGAUGCUAAAGAACAGAUGGCAAUUGAAGUAGAAGGCUGGCCUUACACUUUCCCUGUUUCUGAAGACUUUCCGCAGUCUGAUCAAAGGGGCAAUGUCAGUGGUACAUUAUUAGUGAAAGAUAGAUAUGUUCACGAUGACAACAUACCUGCCAAUGGUGCUUAUGUGGGCUUAGCACCUCCAGGAGAUGUUGGAUCUUGGCAAAGAGAAGUCAAGGGUUAUCAAUUCUGGACCAAAACUGAUGAAGAUGGCUAUUUCUGCAUUAAUAAUAUUCGGACCGGUGACUAUAAUCUAUACGCAUGGGUCCCUGGCUUCAUUGGAGAUUAUCGAUACGAUGUUAUCAUUACCCCAACUGCAGGCUAUGAUAUUUAUAUGGGUGAUCUUGUAUAUGAGCCUCCAAGAGAUGGCCCUACAUUGUGGGAAAUAGGAAUCCCAGAUCGCACUGCUGCAGAAUUCUAUGUCCCUGAUCCUAGUCCAGUAUAUAUCAACAAGUUAUAUGUUAAUCACCAAGACAGGUUUAGGCAGUAUGGAUUAUGGGAAAGAUAUGCAGAGUUGUAUCCUGACGGAGAUUUGGUCUACACAGUUGGCGUUAGUGACUAUACAAAAGACUGGUUUUUUGCGCAGGUUACCAGAAAGAAAGAUGAUAAUACAUAUCAAGGAACUACAUGGCAAAUCAAGUUCAAACUAGACUGUGUAGAUGAGAGUGGAACAUACAAACUGCGCUUGGCACUGGCUUCUGCACAUGCUUCUGAACUUCAGGUACGGGUCAAUGAUCCUGAUGCAAUUUCUCCUCUGUUUUCAAGUGGUCAAAUUGGCAAGGAUAACACAAUUGCGAGACAUGGAAUUCAUGGGCUCUACUGGCUGUACAAUGCGGAUAUUCCAGGAAAUCUGCUCUAUGAAGGAGAGAAUACCAUUUUUCUAACGCAAUCAAAAAGCACUAGCCCCUUCCAAGGAAUUAUGUAUGACUAUAUUCGUUUAGAAGGCCCUCCAUCUUCUGACGAAAACAAGAGACCUUAAUUUUCCUUUUAUGGAAAAUUAAUUGGGAUGUCCAGGAAAUAUAUUGAGAAGAACAACAUUUUGUGAAGGAAAUUGUCAAUGUGUGUGUAUUUGCUUCAAUUGAUUAGACCAUAUUCUUGCAAUGUAGACCUGUAUUGUAUUUUAUAUGUAACAGAAAAACCCCUUGGAUUUUGAUGGAAGACACCCGCAACUAAAGCAAGCUUAAGUAACAUUGAAUCAAGACCAACUUUCAAUCAGGCUUUUUUUCUUGCCCUACUUAAUUAGCCUUGGUUUAGGUGGGAUUCUAAGGGAUGAAAAAGGGACUACAAGAAUGAUCUUUUCUAAGUCCAUAGGAAGAAGGGUUUAGUGAAGGCUUUUUUACUCUUUUCAGCUUCAAGGUGGAGAAGCACUCAUACACUGGUGCUCGAAAGUGACUCCAAGAAUGCUGUCCAGUGGAUUAAUGCACCCGAGAAAGCCCCAUGGAGAAUGAGAAAGUGGAUCCUCCACAUCGAGAUGUUAAAAAGAAAAGUUGUUCAAUGGGAGGUACAGCAUAUCUUCAGGGAAGCCAACCAACAAGCUGAUAACUUGGUGAAAACAGGGAUAAGAAGGGUUGAAAAUCUGCUCAACGUUUGGGGGGAGGCACCAAAUAACGACGCUAGAGCCUGAUGACAGUUGUUUCAUUGUUCAACUUUUCUCUUUAGGCUGUAUAUGUUUUUUGGGUGAAUAGAUUUUUUGGCUAACAGGGGAACGUUUCCUACUUUGCCUAAGCUUAAGGACUUUGAGGAGGUGAUUGGGUUAUGCUAGCUGUGUUUUUCUUUUGUUCAAAUACGGCAGGUGUAUAGGGUCUUUUUGCUGGUGUUGCUUUCGAUCAACUGGUCGCCGAAAAGGAUUUUGUGGGGGUAUACCCUUUAUUUGUACGGGGCAUGCUUGACAAAAUCUUU